AUGGAUCGUCAGUCGGUCUAUUCUACCCAUGUCUACGACUACAACGAGACAGGGGAGGAGACUCGAGUAAAGACCCGGAAGGAUCUGGAGGAUUUCAUCCUCAAGUUCCGGCUCGACAAUGACUUCGUUUACAGAGAACAAUUGAAGGAGAAUGCCCUGCUGAAGAAAUACUACUGCGACAUUGACAUUGGUGACUUGAUCAAGUACAACGAGGAGUUGGCGCACCGACUGGUUACCGAACCGGCCGAAAUUAUUCCCUUGUUUGAGAAUGCCCUCAAGCGAUGCACCCACCGGAUCGUGUUCCCACACCAGAAAACGGUAGACCUGCCAGAGCACCAACUUUUGCUGCACUCAAGUGCAGAGGAGGUGGCAAUCCGCAACUUGGAUUCGCUGACGAUCUCGCGGUUGGUGCGGGUGCCGGGGAUUGUGAUCGGGGCGUCCGUGAUGGCGUCGAAAGCGACAGACCUGGUAGUACAAUGCCGCGGCUGCGGGUUUGAGCAGAGACUUCCAGUGACAGGAGGGUUCACGAGCGUGACGCUGCCGCGGCAGUGCGGUCGGCAACCAACGCAGGGCGAAGGCGAGAAGUGUCCGAUGGACCCAUACUAUGUGCUGCAUGAAAAGUGUGGGUUUGUGGACCAGCAGGUGAUCAAGCUGCAGGAGGCGCCAGAGCAGGUGCCGGUGGGCGAGCUGCCGCGGCACGUGCUGAUCUCGGCGGACCGGUACCUGACGAAUCGAGUGGUGCCGGGGUCGCGGUGCACGGUGACGGGCAUCUUCUCGAUCUACCAGAGCAAGAACUCGUCACGGAGUGGAGGCAGCGGAUCAGCAGGCGGCGCAGUGGCGAUCCGGACACCAUAUCUGCGGGCGGUGGGGAUCCAGACGGACCUGGACCAGACGGCAAAGGGCCAGGCGAUGUACACGGAGGAGGAGGAGCAGGAGUUCCUGGAGCUGAGCCGGCGGCCAGACUUGUACAACAUCAUGACGGACUGCAUCGCACCAUCGAUCUACGGCAACCGAGACAUCAAGAAGGCGAUCCUAUGCCUGCUGAUGGGUGGGUCGAAGAAGAUCCUGCCCGACGGAAUGAAGCUGCGUGGCGACAUCAACGUGCUGCUGCUGGGUGACCCGGGAACGGCCAAGUCGCAGCUGCUCAAGUUCGUGGAGCGAGUUGCGCCCAUUGCGAUCUACACGUCGGGCAAGGGAUCGUCGGCGGCGGGUCUGACGGCGUCGGUGCAGCGGGAGCACUCGACGCGGGAGUUCUACCUGGAGGGCGGCGCGAUGGUCUUGGCCGACGGCGGGGUGGUGUGCAUUGACGAGUUUGACAAGAUGCGGGACGAGGACCGGGUGGCGAUCCACGAGGCGAUGGAGCAGCAGACGAUCUCGAUUGCCAAGGCGGGUAUCACGACGAUCCUCAACGCGCGGACAUCAGUGCUGGCGGCAGCGAACCCGAUCUUUGGGCGGUACGACGACAUGAAGACGCCAGGCGAGAACAUUGACUUCCAGACGACGAUCCUGUCGCGGUUUGACAUGAUCUUCAUCGUCAAGGACGAGCACGAGCGCGGCAAGGACGAGCGGAUGGCGAGGCACGUCAUGGGCAUCCACAUGGGUGGACGCGGCGUGGAGGAUCAGGUAGAGUCGGAGAUUCCGGUGGAGAAGCUCAAGCGGUACAUCAACUACUGCAAGACACGUUGUGCCCCCCGGCUGAGCGCGGAGGCAGCAGAGAAGUUGUCGUCGCAUUUUGUGUCGAUCCGACGGCAGGUGCACGCGGCCGAGCUGGAGGCCAACGCGCGGUCGAGCAUUCCGAUCACGGUGCGGCAGCUAGAGGCUAUUGUGCGGAUCACAGAGGCGCUGGCCAAGCUGACGCUGUCACCGGUGGCGAUGGAGCAGCACGUGGACGAAGCUAUCCGGCUGUUCCUCUGCUCGACCAUGGAUGCGGUCAACCAGGGUAGCCAGAUGGGCGCAGGCGCGGGAGCGGGUGCCGGUGGCGGCGCGGCGCGCGAGCUGUACCAGGAGGCGGCGCGCGUGGAGUCGGAGCUGAAGCGACGGCUGCCGAUCGGUUGGAGCACGAGCCUGGCGACGCUUCGGCGAGAAAUGGUGGAGGUGCGAGGAUUCAGCGAGCAGGCGCUGAAUAGGGCGCUGAUGUUGCUGCAGCGACGAGACACCAUCAUCUUCCGGAACGGAGGUGCCCAGGUGUAUCGGAAUGGAGCAUGA